AUGUGGCUAGCGCGUUCCCGUCUCGCGCCUCUUUCCUUGGAAAUCUACGAACUCCAAAAGAAGUAUUCGGUCUCUGUGGACGAAGUAAUCUCCCUGUUCAUUUCCGAAAUUCAUCGGUGGCGAUUUGUAUGGCUACAGCUCGAGAAGCGAGAUCUGUACAAUCGCCUCCUAGAUAUUCCGGAUAAUGCGGCUCCCAUGCUAAAUGGGAUUGCACUGAAUUUUCGGUCUACAAACGAUUCGGACAUUUCGUCAACCCUCUCUCUAAUCAUUUCCAAAUUUCCUGAACUCCGACAACUCUCGCUUACAAGUGCUUCAGGUUUCAACAGUUCAACGCCUGCUACGAUUGUCCCUUGGCAGAAAAUGACACACAUUAAAUUAUCUUGUCUUGUGAAUUCUCCCUGUCUUGACUCGAUGGAAAUUUUGAUUCACCAGCCUGAUGAGCACCGCGACUAUAUGGUUUUCAACGAGUUCAUGCGCCGAACGCCGCAGCUUAAAUACCUUGUCCUUGACCAUUGGUUUUUUGAAGUUAAGCAUGCACUCAGAUACUCCAACCUGGAAGCUGUACGUCGCGUUCCCGACGUCUGCUUCAAGGUAUCUGAGCGGGCAUAUAACCGGCUGCGUAGACGUGCUGACAUGGAGAACAUGGAAUUCAAACUCGACCCCUUUGUACACCGCCAUUACGUCGGAUGGACGUCCCGACCUGACCUGGAGCUUGGUGAUGAUCUCCCCCGAGAUUGGAAGCGCGCUUUUUGGGAUUUAUGA